GAGGGCACUCGGGCCAUGCGGCGGCGGCAGCAGCAGCGACGGCAGCGGCGCGCGCGCGGCGGGUGGGCGCAGUGCGUGGGCGGCGAGGAGGGCGUCCAGACCAACAGCCGCCCCGCCGCCGCCGCCCUCGCCUCCGCCCCGGGCAGGAAGAAGCCGCCCGUCCCGUCGAGCUGCAGCCUGUCCGGCGCGGAGAGCCCGCGGGAGAUGGCGAGGCGCAAGAGCCCCGGGCGCUGCUUCUCGCCCACGCGCGGCUUCCUGGAGGCCUACAGCUCGGAGCCCGAGGUGGCCGGCGGCGAGGGCCGGAGGGGCCGCCCGGCGGGGCGCCCGGGCAAGAAGCGCGCCUCCGCCCCGCGCCGCCUCUCGGCCUGGCAGCCGGCGGGAGAAGGCUGCGCCACGCCGGGCACCGCCACCUCCUGCACCACCCUCUACGGCGGGGACUGGCGCGCCGACGAGCCCUGGGCCAGCCCCGUCCCCCGCCCGCUCGACUACGCCGCGGACUUCCCCGCCGACGCCAGCAAGCCGGCCUCGCGCUGCCCCUCCUCCUUCUCCUCCUUGGUCCCCCCGAAGGCGGAGAAGAAGGAGCUCAGCCGGCGGGACUGGCGGGACCUCUGCGACAGCAGCCCCAGCCUGGUGGACCUCAUGCACUCCUUGCGCCAGUACCAGGAGCAGGAGCAGGACGAGGAGGCCGCCUAUGACCCCUGCAGCCAUCUCCACCACCGCCACUCCCUGAAGCAGCCCAAGAAAGCCCACCGCCUCCAGGACUUGGUCGACAAGCGCUACGAGGACCUGCUCCCCGAAAGGGACAAGAAGAUCGCCGCCCUGAUGCUGGCCAGGCACCAGGAAGAGGAGGAGAUGAAGGACAGGCAGCUGCAGGUCUCCGAGGCCUGGGAGAACCUGCGGCGGAAGGAGAAGAAGCACAAGGCCCGGCUGGACAAGGAACAACGCUGCCACGUGGCCGACAGCCUGGAGCAGUGGCAGCGGGACCGCGAUCAGAGGCUGUCCAAGCUCCGGCUGGAGGAACAGCAGCUUUUAGCCGCCCGGGAGAGGGACAUCAUGCUCCGCGACAAGAAGUGGAAGAAGCUGGCCAAAGAGCAGGAGUGUCGGCGCAGGGAGAAAUCUGAAAGUGCCCGGCUCCAAGCCGAGUACCGGAAACGCUGCCAGGAGAAGCAGCUCUGGGACAAAAAGCUCAGCGAGAGGAGCACUCGGGAUCAGAGCUCUCACGCCUACAAGGAAAAGAUGCUGCAGGCCCUGGAGAAGAGGCUGAUGAAGGAAAUGGAAAGGAAGCGGCGGAAAACAGAUAUGAACGAAUACCGGCGGGCCCAGCACAUGCACAACAAGGACCAAAUGGAUGACCGGCUGAAAGCCGACGAACUCUACAAGAGGCUCUGCAUUGAGCAGAAACUUCAGCGGUCUCAGGAGAUCCUGGAGCAGCUGCUAGAAGAGAGGAACAGAGAACUGAAGGAAAGGUCCUUGAAGGAGGAAGAGCAAGGCAUGAUCGCCAAGGUGCGAGCCAAAGAGACGGAGGAGGAGAAGAGACGGCGGAAGGAGAUGUUGCUGCAGAUCGCCGAGAUGAAGAUCCAGCAGGCCCGAGAGAUCAUGUCCAAGAAUAUCGAGGACAGAGCGCAACAUACGAAAGAAAUGAACUGCCUGAGGGAAAGGAACCACCACUGUCGCAAACAGAAGCUUGAUUACGAUGAAAAGUGUAACCUACGGGAUUUGCAAGAAGCACUACGACGGAAGGAUCAGAAAAGCAAUCAGAUCCUAAGGCACAAAGACACAGCUAUUGAAGAAUCGAGGAAACUUGCCAAAGCAUCGUAUGACCUUAGGGAAAAAGUGAGAGAUCUGAUCAACCAUAAUUCAUUUGAUCAGAUGGCAUUAGAUGCCCAUCGCAAUGCAAGUGUCCUUAGAGGUCUCUAGUGAAGUUUAAUGAAACAUCCCAGACUGUCUUGUGUCCCCCAAAAGAUGGUUGUAAUGUGUUCGUUUUGUAGAAUUAUACACUACUGUACACUAAAGUGGUUUCAGCCUUAA